AUGCAUCGUGUACUCUCUACACUUGCUCUAGCCUCUUUGGCUGCAGCUAGCACCGACUCUACCUUAACCUAUGAUUAUAUCAUUGUUGGUGCUGGAACCAGUGGUCUAGUCAUCGCAAACCGUUUAUCCGAGUUGAAUGUCACUGUGGCUGUCAUUGAGGCAGGUGAUUCGGGUUACAACAAUCCCAAUGUGACAAACCCAUCCGGUUACGGAUUAGCUUUUGGAACAGAUGUCGAUUGGGCGUAUCAAUCGACCAGCCAAAAGUAUGCAGGAAACACGAGCCAAGUCUUACGAGCUGGCAAAAUCAUCGGAGGGACUAGUACUAUCAAUGGAAUGGCAUACACCCGAGCCGAAGAUGUUCAAAUUGAUGCUUGGGCGGCCAUCGGAAAUGAUGGAUGGAACUGGGCAACUCUUUUCCCAUACUACAAAAAGUCUCAGGCACUUGAAAUUCCUACCACUACUCAAGUUGAAGCUGGUGUAACAUAUGACCCCUCGGCGAAUGGAUUUGGUGGACCACUAAAGGUUGGCUGGCUCAAUAGCUUGGAAGAUCCUAAUAACUUACACACAACCUUGAAUGAUACAUUUGCAGCUCUCGGUGUUCCUUCAAAUGAUGAUGUCAAUACUGGUAGAAUGAUUGGUUACGGUCGAUACCCGGUUACUUACGACAAAACAUUGAACAUUCGUCAUGACGCUGGAAGAGCAUAUUAUUAUCCAAUUGCUAACCGCACCAACCUUCAUCUUUACCCAAAUACUAUGGCUCAACGACUCACGUGGAAAUCCGACACUGGUACCCCUACCGCAAAUGGAGUCGAAGUUCUUGCCAACAACUCAAGCAUUCCAUACACUAUUCGUGCAAACUCCGAAGUCAUUCUUUCAGCUGGAUCUCUAGCAUCCCCUCUUCUUCUCGAACUUUCCGGUAUUGGAAAUCCUUCUAUCUUGAGCAAACACAAUAUCUCAGUUGUGGUUGAUCUUCCAACCGUCGGAGAAAAUCUUCAAGAUCAAACAAAUACUGGCCUUGCAUACAACAGUUCAAGCAAUACCUCUUUCUCCGAAGCCGAAACCUUAGUAGCUUAUCCUUCCGCAGCCCAAGUAUUUGGUUCCGAAGUUCAAAAUAUCUCCGCCAAUGUUCUUCAAUCUCUUCCCUCAUAUGCUGCACAAGUAUCAGCUGCAUCAGGUAACAUCACCAAAGCUGCAGAUUUGUUGAAACUCUUCAAAAUUCAACAUGAUCUAAUUUUCUCAACCACUCACCCAGUUCCAAUGGCUGAAAUACUCAUCUCACCAUCCGCCACAGCUUUCAGUUCGCAAUAUUGGGCCUUGUUACCAUUUGCAAGGGGAAGUAUUCACAUCACAUCUUCCGUAGCUGGCACACCCGCAGCUAUCAAUCCAAAUUAUUUCAUGUUUGAUUGGGAUGUCACAUCACAAAUCGCUACGGCCAAGUUUAUUCGCUCCAUUUAUGCGACUCCUCCAUUGUCCUCUUUCGUCGGAUCAGAGACUGAGCCUGGAUUGAACAUAUUAUCAGCCAAUGCCACCGAGGCGGAAUGGUUUGAUUGGGUUAAAACUGUUUAUCGUUCAAACUUCCAUCCAGUAGCAACGGCUGCAAUGAUGCCCAGAGAGAUUGGUGGAGUGGUAGACUCAAAGUUGAAAGUGUAUGGAACAGCGAAUGUGAGAGUUGUGGAUGCUAGUAUAUUACCUAUGCAAGUUUCUGGACAUUUGGUUAGUACUUUGUAUGCUGUGGCGGAGAGAGCAGCAGAUUUGAUCAAGGAAGAUGUGUAG